GCGCGCACACACACACACACACACACACACACAGCUCAAAGGAUUUAUUACCUUGGACAACUUGGAGGCAGCAGUGAAAUAUCAGAAGAGGCCAGAGCACAAACUGAAAGAAGCAGAGGAACACAGAUCUGUGAACAGAAAGUCUUGAGCCAUUAGUCUGCAUCAAGAUGUGGAAAAAAGCGAAGAUUGCAGACCCGACUGCUGCCGGGCAGGGCGGACUGGAAAUUCUCCCUUCGAGACGAGGCAUCAAGCGGAGAUCCAAGGUUCCCGGUGUUAUGAUUACACAGUACAUCGAGGAACUACCUGAGGGGAAAAGUACUCCCGACUUUACUCGUAAGCCCAUCGCCUUAACCAUUCAAGAAGGAAAGCUAGCUGUUUUCAAAGCCAAAGUUGUUGGAGAUCCGACACCUGUUGUAACCUGGAAUAGAGCGAAAGGGGAAAUGAAGGACCCUCAAAGGUUUCAGUGUAAAUAUGACCCUGCAACUGGUGAACAUACUUUGGAGAUGCCCAAAGUUAGCAGUGAUCAGGCAGAUACGUAUAAAUGCUAUGCCACAAAUGAAUUUGGAAAAGCGGUGUGUACUGUUGUCCUAAAUAUCAUUGAAGUCGGAUUCAAGAAGGAUAGAGAAAUGAAGAAAGCUCAAGUGGUGGUUGAUGACCCAACAGAGUUUAGAAAAAGGCUGAAAAAAAGUGCUGGCAAAAAAGUGGAGAAGAAAGAUGGCGACAUUGAUGAAGCAGUAUGGGAAUUGUUGCUGAGCGCGGACAAGAAAGACUAUGAGCGUAUUUGUAUUCAGUAUGGUAUCACCGAUUACCGUGGUAUGCUGAGGAAAUUGGCUGAGAUGAAGAGGGAGAGGGCAGCGGAGCAAGCACAGUUCAUCAAACAUCUCAGUAAUCUGAAACCCAUUGAGGUGAAGGGUGAAAAUGCUGCAACUUUUGAACUGGAAAUGGAACUUAAAGACCCCAACAGUCGCAUUUUUCUUUACAAGGAUGGUGUUAUGAUUCCAUUCAGCAGAGACGCUGAAGGCAACAUAAAGCACUGUUUGAAGCAAGUGGGCAAAAAAUAUAUCUUCACUGUUAAAAACCUCAAUCCUGAGGAUGCUGGAAUUUAUCAAGUGGAUGUUGAGGGUAUCAAUGUCUUCUCGACAGACUUCAAGAUUCCUCCUGUGGACUUUGCAUUGAAGACUCAAGAAGUGAAGGCCGAGGAGAGAGAGGAUGCCAUCUUUGAAUGUGUCCUAACUCAUCCCAUGAAUCAGAUUGUUUGGACCUUGAAAAACCUCCCAAUUUCUAACAAUGAGAAAUAUGAGAUCACUGUUUCUGAGGAUAAACUGAUCCACAGGCUAAGAAUCGUUGAUUGUAUGCCUGUUGAUUCAGGAAUCUAUGCCGCUACAGCUGGAAUGAAGUCUUGCAGUGCUUGGCUGAUUGUGGAAGCUGACAAAGAUCCUGAAACAAAGGGCAAGAAGAAAGCCCGUAAGACCACUCAGGCAGGUGGUGGAGCUGAUUUGGAUAAGAUUGCUGCUGAGCAGGCCGAGCGGCACAAGAAGGAGAUGGCAGGGGCAUUGGAGGCCGCUAAGAAACUCCAGGCUGAACUUGAAGCGGUUGAAGCCGAAGCCCGAGCCACAGCAGCAGCUGAAGCCGAAGCUGCUAAAACAGCUGCACAGGCAGCAGCGACUGUGGCGACUGCCAUGGCUGCAGCUGCAGCUAAAGCUGCAGAGGACGCUUUUAAAGCAGCUAAAGCCAAAGGGAUGUCUGCAGCAGAUGCUAAAGCUGUGGCAGAUAAAGCAGCUUUGGCGGCAGCAGCUAAGGCCAAAGCACAAGCAGAGGAGGAAGCCAGGAAAAAGGCGGAGCUUAAGGCCCUUAAUGAUGGUCUAAGUGCUGAGCAGGCAGCUGCAGUUGGGGCUGCUGCUGCUGCUGCGUUGGCCACGAAGGCAGCUGCUGCGGCAGCAGGGAUCGCAGGUUCUGGAGCUGGAGGAGAUACUGCUGGAGCAGUUUGGGCAGCAGCUGGUGGUGCUGGAGGUGUUGGUGGUCUUGGUGAAACUGCUGGCCUUGGAGGAGCUGGUGGACUUGGAGGACUUGGUGGCCCUGGAGGAGCUGCUGGCCUUGGAGGAGUUGGUGGCCAUGGAGGAGCUGCUGGCCUUGGAGGAGCUUGUAGUCCUGGAGAAGCUGGUGGCCUUGGAGGAGUUGGUGGUCCUAAAGGAGUUAGUGGCCUUGGAGGAGCUGGUGGCAUUGGAGGAGCUGGUGGCCCUGUUGGAGCUGGUGGCAUUGGAGGAGCUGGUGGCCCUGUUGGAGCUGGUGGCCUUUGUGGAGCUGCUGGCUUUGGAGGAGCUGCUGGCCUUGGAGGAGUUAGUGGCCCUGGAGGAGCUGCUGGCUUUGGAGAAGUUAGUGGCCCUGGAGGAGCUGGUGGAAUUGGAGGAGUUGUUGGACCUGGAGGAGCUGCUGGCUUUGGAGGAGCUGGUGGCCUUGGAGGAGCUGGUGGCCUUGGAGGAACUGGUGGCAUUGGAGGAGUUGGUGGCCCUGGAGGAGCUGAUGGCUUUGGAGGAGCUGCUGGCCUUGGAGUUAGUGGCCCUGGAGGAGCUGGUGGCCAUGGAGGAGCUGGUGGCAUUGGAGGAGUUAGUGGCUCUGGAGGAGCUGGUGGCAUUGGUGGAAAUGCUGGCCAUGGAGGAGCUGGUGGUAUUGGAGGAGUUAGUGGCUCUGGAGGAGCUGGUGGCCUUGGAGGAGCUGCUGGCCUUGGAGAAGCUGCUGGCCUUGGAGGAGCUGCUGGCUCUGGAGGAGCUGCUGGCUCUGGAGGAACUGGUGGCCUUGGAGGAGCUGAUGGCCUUGGAGGAGCUGGUGGCCUUGGAGGAGCAGGUGACCUUGCAGGAGCUGGUGGCCUUGGAGGAGCUGGUGGCCUUGGAGGAGCUGGUGGCCUUGGAGGAGCUGGUGGCCUUGCAGGAGCUGGUGGCUUUGGAGGAGCUGGUGGCCCUGGAGGAUUCAGUGGCCCUGGAGGAUUCAGUGGCCCUGGAGGAUUCAGUGGCCCUGGAGGAUUCAGUGGCCCUGGAGGAGCUGCUUGCCUUGGAGGAGUUGGUGGCCCUGGAGGAUUCAGUGGCCCUGGAGGAUUCAGUGGCCCUGGAGGAUUCGGUGGCCCUGGAGGAUUCGGUGGACCUGGAGGAGUCGGUGGACCUGGAGGAUUCGGUGGACCUGGAGGAUUCGGUGGACCUGGAGGAGUCGGUGGACCUGGAGGAGUCGGUGGACCUGGAGGAGUCGGUGGACCUGGAGGAGUCUGUGGAACUGAAGGAUUUGGUGGCCCUGGAGGAGUUGGUGGUCUUGGAGGAGUUGCUGGCUCUGGAGGAUCCGGUGGCCCUGGAGGAUUCGGUGGCCCUGGAGGAUUCGGUGGCCCUGGAGGAUUCGGUGGCCCUGGAGGAUUCGGUGGCCCUGGUGAAUUUGGUGGCCCUGGAGGAUUCAGUGGCCCUGGAGGAUUCAGUGGCCCUGGAGGAGCUGGUGGCCCUGGAGGAGCUGCUGGCCUUGGAGGAGCUGCUGGCCUUGGUGGUCCUGGAGUAGUCGGUGGACCAGGAGGAGUUGGUGGCUCAGAAGGAGUUGGCGGCCCUGGAAGUGUUGGUGGCCCUGGAGGAGUUGGUGGCCAUGGAGGUGUUGGUGGGGCCAGAGGGGCUAAAGGAGCUACAGGAGCUGGAGGACCUGGUGGGGCCACUGGGUCUGGAGGAACUGGAGGUGAAGGAGCAGCUGGUGGAGCUGGAGGUGCAGGACAAGCUGGAGGUGCUAAAGGUGCUGGAGCUGGUGGUUUAAGAGGGGAAGGUGUUAAUGCAGGUCAAGGUGAUGGAGGUGAAGGUGGAGACCGGAAACACCAGAAAGCAGGACCUCUUGUACCUGAUGCUGUCACAGGUGGAGGUAGCCCAUCAGAUAAAGGACCUGGCAAGCCAACAGGGUCUGGAAAGGCAUCGGGUUCCAAAAAAACAGGUUCUGGAAGUCAAUCGGGUUCUGGUACCUCAUCAGGUUCAGGAGCUCCGUCUGGUUCUGACAAUGCAUCAGGUUCCGCAAAUACAUCGGGUACCGGCAGUGCAUCUGGUUCUGGCGGUGCAUCAGGUUCUGGGGAUCCACCAGGUCCCGGAAAGCCACCAGGUUCCGGAGGUCCAUCAGAUGGCACCGGUGAAGCUGCAGAAGAAGACAAAAAAGCUGAAGAUGAAAAGGAUAAGGAUAAGGAUAAGUCAGGUGAAGCUGGCAAGCGUUCAGGUCGCACAAAGGAUGGAUCACAGGUUCCAGAGACAGUUGUUGAUCCUGGUGUGCACUUUUCUACUGGGCUGGAUGACUGUAAAGCUAUCGUGGGAGAAUCAGUUGAACUGGUCUGCAAACUUAGCAGCGCUGAUGCAAAGGGAACCUGGUAUAAAGAUGGCACUGAGGUUACUGGCUCCACUGAGGGUAUGACCAUCAGCAAAGACGGAGCUGUUCAUAAACUGAAAAUUAGCAAAGUUGCAGAUGAAGUUGCUGGAAAAUACAAAUUUGAGGCUGAAGGUCGUAAAACUGAAUGCGUGGUUGUUGUUGAAGAUCCGCCAAGAUUCAAAGCCGCUGAUGUUGAAGAAUUCGCAAAGCCGGUUGUGAUCAAACAUAACCAAAAAGCCACCUUUAAAAUUCCAUUUAUCGGUCAUGAGCCAUUCAAAGUUCAAUGGUACAAAGAGGGCGAGGAGCUUACGCCAGACAACAACUGCAAGAUUGAAAUUUCCGAGAGCCACAGUCGUCUGCUUCUUAACAAACUGCAGCGUAAAGACACCGGGGAGAUAAAGGUCAAAGUCAAAAAUGAAUUUGGCACCACUGAAGCAAUCUCUAACUUAGUUGUACUUGAUAAGCCCACACCUCCACUUGGACCUCUGGAGAUCAUUGAGGCAACUUCCAACUGCGUUGAGUUCAAGUGGAGACCACCGAAAGACGAUGGUGGAUGUAAGAUUAAACAAUACAUACUUGAACGCAAUCAAAUCGGACGCAACACAUGGAAGAAGAUAGGCCAGAUUGGGGCUGAAGCCCACUACAAAGAUACUGAUGUUGACCAUGGCAGGAGAUACUGCUAUCGUAUCCGAGCCCAAACUGAUGAGGGCAUCAGUGAACUAAUGGAGACCGAAGAUGUUCAGGCUGGCACUAAAGAAUAUUCAGGUCCACCAUCUGCUCCAAAAAUCGUCAGUGCCUUCAAGAAAUGCAUUAACUUAACAUGGGCUCCCCCAGCCAAUACCGGAAGAAGCAAUAUUUUGGGUUAUAACCUGGAGAAACGCAAGAAGGGCAGCAACCUAUGGGGACCAGUUAAUCCACCAGACGAACCUAUCCAAGCAAAGAAAUAUAGCGUGACAGAUGUAGUCGAAGGAAUGGAAUAUGAAUUCCGUGUGUCUGCCGUCAACAUUUCCGGAGCUGGAGAACCAAGCGUUCCCUCUGAAUUUGUGAUUGCUAGAGAUCCAAAAAAACCCCCUGGUAAGGUCACUGAUCUUAAAGUGACAGAUUCCACCUACAACACCCUGUCCUUAUCUUGGACUAAACCAAAAGUGCAGCCAGGCAUUCAGGAUGAGCCCAAGGGAUACUUUGUUGAUAUCAGGCCUGCCGAGAGCCAUGAGUGGAAUCGAUGCAACUCAAACGCUGUCAUCACAACCUCCUACACUGUAAAGGGAAUGAAACCAUUGGGCAUGUAUUGGGUUCGAGUGUUAACCACCAACGAAGGUGGAGACGGUGAACCACAGGAGCUAAAGAACUAUGUUUUGGCAAUGCCACCUCCAGUGAGACCAAGAUUCACGGACGCUAAGAUAAAGAGCUUAAUGGUGGUCAAAGCUGGAAAUUCUGCACGAUUCAGCAUUAACUUUGUGGCAUCUCCAUUGCCUGAAGUCAUCUGGCUGAAAGAUGGCGUUCCAGUCUCUAAACGGGCCACAAUCAGCAAUGCCGAGGGAGGUUCUCAGAUUCUUAUCCCAUCUUCAGAACGUCCUGAUUCAGGAAUCUACACGAUCAUAGUCAAGAAUGUUGUGGGACAAGAGACCCUUAGUGUCGAGAUAAGGGUCACAGAUGAACCCAAGCCCCCCGGUCCCGUGGAGCUGGAUGAGAAUGUGCCAGGCACCGUGACAGUUUCCUGGGAACCGUCACCAGAUGAGAAACGCGAUGAUCGCCUAUAUUACGUAGUGACCAAGAGAGACUCCAGCAAGAGAUCCUGGCAAACCGUAGCUGACCGCAUUUUCAACAACCGUUUUACAAUCUGUAACAUCGUUCCAGGCAGAGAGUACCAAUUCCGUGUCUACUCCAAAAACGAUAUCGGCCUGUCUGACCCAUCCGAUUCUGCAAAGUGGCUUAUCCCAUGCAAGAAAGAAAAGUUCACACUGGACAUGCCGAAGUCUAAGACUUGCAACUUUGAAAGGCCUCCAAAGUUCAUGGUUCCACUGAAAAUCCACGCGGCACCGCAAGGCUAUGAGUGCUUUAUGAGCUGCGCUGUAAGGGGCGACCCAACGCCCCACAUCACCUGGUAUCGCGACAACGUCAGCCUCAACACCAACACCAACUACCUCAUCACUAACACCUGUGGAGUGUGUUCCCUGCUCAUCCUCCGAGUCGGACCCAACGACACAGGAGAAUACAAAAUCACUGCAGAGAACCCGUUGGGAAGAGCUGAGUGCUCUACUGUUCUCACGGUCAGAGAAUGAAACAACACCACAAGAAGAUUAUCAAAACAUGCCGCUUGGAAGCCAUAAUUUUUACUUUUUUAAUGGAUUUAGGUGUCUUUAUAGAAGUACAGUCUUAAAUUCAGAAUAGCAUAUUUACCGUACAUGAAACAUGUACACUUGACUAUCUUGUGGCCUUAAAUAUCCCGUUCUUUCUGUGAUUUUGAAGCUUUGAUUGUGUUUACAGUGCGCAAUAUACAUAAACACCGUAUUUUUCACACAAUUUACUUAUCUGUAUACCCCUGUUUCACUGUCCAAAAAACGGGCUGAUGUCUUCCUUGUUCAGAAGUCCCUCCUUCAGAAAUACGUAUCGAGUUCUGAUUGUGUAGUUUGUUUAGUGUGUUGUGAUUCGACAGCAGCUUAGCUUAGCAGAGCCGUUUGAGCUUAGCUGGCGACUGACGUAUUCCUGUGGGCGGAGUUUAAUCAAAUACUCUUAUUUUGAUGUCAUUCAACCAGGAAGUAUACGGCUGUAGUUCAAACCGGCCGUUCGCUGUAGGCUUCGAAUUGGUAAUUCUGUUUAAGAACUAUAUCACCUGGCAGUGAACGUUGAGCUUUAUCAUUUCCCAGGUAUUAAUUAUGCUCUAACAGCAAUAUUACACACUAACUAAAGUUUGAAAAAUGGGAUCAGGAAGAACGUGAUCUUUAAAGGGGACAUAUCAUGAAAAUCUGAAUUUUCCAUGUUUAAGUGCUAUAAUUGGUUCCCCAGUGCUUUUAUCAACCUAAGAAAUGUGAUGAAGAACAACCCAGUAUCUCUGCAAGCACAUGAAAAAAUAGCUUAUUGAAAUUUGGCUCCCCUUGUGAUGUCAGAAGGGGAUCUUAUAAUGCCGCCCCUUAAUCUGUACUAUCCAACCAGGACACUGGCAAUUAGUGCAGUGAUGAGCUCAUUUGCAUUUUAAAGGACACUUUAACUUCACAUACGCACUCUGGGGACAUCAAAGAUUUAUUUUACAUCUUUAAAAAGUCUUGUGAAAUGUCCCCUUAAAAAACGAUAGAAUGAAAUGCAUGUUAAAGAUUGUUUAUCAUUAUACUGUGAAUUGCACUAAAUAUUUUCAGUAGACAAACUGUACUGCACUAGUGCUGGUAUAUGAUUAAUUCAUAAUUUAGUUUGACAAAGAUUUUAUUUGAACUUAUUUCAGGCUUUGUGAUUUCUCUGUCAUUGUAUGAAACUUAAUUUAUUUAUUCGUGCUUUUUGUUAUUUUUCUCAGCAUGUGCCCUGCUUUCGGACACUUUCAUAAAUGCAAUUGCACAAUAUUACUGAAUUGGGAAAUGAAUUAUGUAAACUGUUCGAUUUCCUCGCCUAUAUUUUCUCAUUCUUGCUUGUACGGAAAUGCUAAGGAAACUGAAUACUGAGUCUGAAAGAAAGAAACUCUGUAAGAGCGUUUGCAAAGAUUUGCUUUAUCGACAUUAAAGGUUUGGUAUUAAUAAAAUAUUUAAGUUUA